AAGUGCAUAUAAAAGGACCCACAACCUUCGGAGUUAGCAUCAGACCUCAAGCAAGCGAGUGCUAGUGAACAUCCAUUAGUAGCGCUUCCUAGUCCACAGUCAUUUUAAUUUGCAGUCAGCAAACGAUCUUAAUCGAGAUGAGAGUCGCCAUGCUUACACUUGCAUUCGGGAUAUUCGCAUUAGUGUCCUGCGCCACUGCUAGCAGUAAUGCUGUAACUUACAUCACUACACCGCUAUUACGCGCCUAUCCGUAUGUCUAUAACGCCCAUAGUUCAUCGCUGGUCACACCCACGCAGCAGCAGUAUCACACCCAGGACGGCUUGGGACAAUACGCUUACGGCUAUGCAGAGCCUCACUCGGCCAAACAAGAGGUGCGUUCGCUAGACGGCAUCACACGUGGUUCGUAUAGUUAUCGUGAUGCCGCAGGAAAGUUACAAACCGUAGAUUAUUCCGCUGAUGACCAUGGUUUCCAUGUGGCCGCCACCAAUUUGCCUCGUGCCGCAGUCGCAGAGCAAUUGAAACAACAACAGCAGCCCUUUCGCUCGCAAGAAACGUCAGGUGGGUCUUCCUCUGCCGCCGAUGUUGCAACAGUCCGCGCAAUUCACUCUACAGUUGGUCAGGAGACUUUAUUGCGCCUUUCAGCGGGGAGUAACACUGGCAGCGAAUCCGCUGCAACCGGUUCAGAUUCUGGGCUUGUACAAUUGCCUCAGCCCGUGGAUGAUACAGUUGCCGUGGCCGCUGCAAAGGCAGAUCAUCUUCGACGACACGCACAGGAGAAACAAUUACACGAAUUUCUUCAUCAAGGACGAGUUAUUAGCCCCAUAUCGAAUACUAUAAUUCCAAGUAUUUACCAUUACGGUUACCCAUGGAGGUACUAUUACUCCACAGUUAUUUUAAUUUGCAGUCAGCAAACGAUCUUAAUCGAGAUGAAAGUCGCCAUGCUUACUUUUGCAUUCGGGAUAUUCGCAGCAGUGUCCUGUGCCAGUGCUAGCAGUAAUGCUGUAACUUACAUCACUACACCGCACUUACGCGCCUAUCCGUAUGUCUAUAAUGCCCAUAACACCCAGGACGGCUUGGGACAAUAUGCUUACGGCUAUGCAGAGCCUCACUCGGCUAAACAAGAGGUGCGUUCGCUAGACGGCAUUACACGUGGUUCGUAUAAUUAUCGUGACGCCGCAGGAAAGUUACAAACCAUAGCUUAUACCGCCGAUGACAAUGGUUUCCGUGUGGCCGCCACCAAUUUACCUCGUGCCGCAGCCGCAGAGCAAUUGCAACAACACCAGCAGCCCUUUCGUGCGCAAGAAACGUCAAAUGGAGUUCCCCUUACCGCCGAUGUUGCAGCAGCCCGUUACAUUCACGCUUCAGCUCAUCGGGAGGCUUUACUGCGCUUGGGAGCGAGGGGUAAACCUAGUGGCAAAUCCGCUGCAGCUAGGUCAGAUACUGGGUAUAUACAAUUGCCUCAGCCCGUGGAUGAUACAGUUGCCGUGGCCGCUGCAAAGGCAGAUCAUCUUAGACGACACGCACAGGAGAAACAAUUACACACAUUUAUUCAUCAAGGGCGAGAUAUUAGCCCCAUAUCGAAUAUUAUAACUCCAAGUAUUUACCAUUACGGCCAUUACUAUUAGAAAUAUUCUUGAGAUUCGACAAGUAAUGUACCUAAAGUUGUUUAAUAAAGAGAUAUUUUAUGAACAAAA